AUGUCUACCUCGGUUAGUCCUGAUGUUGCUUAUGUACUCAAGAACCUCGAUGAAACUACAGGCAAUGGUCAUAAACGCAAGCAAGAACUAUUCGUACAGUAUGGCGAAGGAGAUGCUCUCGAUGGAAACAAUCACUUAACGAAAGAAGAAACUCAAUCGCAACCGAAAGUCGAAGUGGAAAAUGUCGAUGAAAAAACGUAUCGAACAUUGAUUAUGAUCGAUCCUGAUGCCCCAAGUCGUACCGAUGCGGUGAAAGGUCCUGUUCUCCAUUGGCUAGUCGCCAAUUUUCAAGAUAAAGAUCUCAAAGAUGGUCAAACACUUUAUACAUACAGAGGACCUGCGCCUCCAGCUGGCUCUGGUCCUCAUCGAUACAUUUUCUUCCUCUACCAAUCGAUUGACAAAAUUCCGGAGAAUAAGAUCGAACUUGAACAACGUCUCCGUUUUCCCUUGGAACAAUUCAUCGUUGACAAUCGUCUCGGACUUCUCACUGCGACAUAUUUUACCGUCGACAAUUAA